UGGACAGUCCGAUACCAACACUCGAUCCUCUAGUGUGGCGACAUGCGUGUUGCCCAUUUCCUCUUUCUGCUCGGCAAUGGUGGUAUGUAGGUGCAACGAGAAGCCUUCUGCAAAGGUAUAUAAGCUGGCAAGAAUGCCGCCAACAAAGGCUCUCUACACACAGUCGACACUCUCCACGAAUUGCAAAAACUCACAUUACUUACUUCCAUCUUUCCAAUCACACAAUGAAGGCCUUUUACACGAUCCUCUUUGCCGCUGCUGCGCUUGCCAUGCCCGCCUCCGAGGCCCAGGAGAAAAGAGGCAUUCUGGUUGAAAUGACGCCCGUUUACAGCGGCAGACACUUUGGCGUCGGCGAACUCCAGAGCUGCCCCAGUGGCUGCGCUACGUGCACUCCGAACGGGGGAGGAUGCUCUGUGGCCGAUUCAAAUGGCUACACAAUGUGCUGCUCCAGGCACUGUGUUUUGAACCCUUCAACAAAUACUGGCAUGUGCACGAAUUAGCAACUGAGGAACGGGAGGAUGUUGGGGUUAAUGCCUGACAGCCCUAUCACGCUCAUUAGAUAUUUUGCACGUCACCGCCAUUCUUUUCAGCAGGGUAUUAUGGUUAUGAUAUGGUGCACGAUCUUUUAGGAUAAUUUGUCUAGCAACUAGUCAUUCUUUCGAAACCAAAUUGGAUUCACCAUCUCAUGCAAGAAAACAACGGGGAUCGUACAGGUCUAACAGAAAGACUUAAAAGUAGGUGACUAGAAAACCUGCCUUAAGG